AUGGUCAACUACUCUCGCGUUGUCGAUGUCAACUACCCAGAGAUGUUUUCGCUCGUGCCGCUGGUCAUCACCCAAGGCCCAUACCGGGGACGUCAUGUGCUCAUGCUCGAGCCCGAGAAGGGUGUCAGCUUCCUCGACUUUCCUCCAGAGAUACGCAACAUGAUAUUCUCUUACCUGCUCGAAGAGGAUGCUCCAAUUCAGAUGUCUACCGCAAGGCGUACCAACGAGGCCCGCCGCGCUGUACGUUCCGACUGGAACGCUCGCAAUGGACGCAACAAAGGCCUCAAGUGGAACACUACGACCCGCGCCUGGGACAACAAGCCCCCGAGUGCGCUUGCGCUGCUUCGUGCGAACAAGCAAAUACACUCAGAGACUGCACCCAUGGUCUACGCCAACGAGUUCGAGUUCCAAAACUUCUCCAACCUCCAAGUCUUCCUCGAAAGCCUCGGCAGCAUGCGUCGCUUUCUGCGCAACAUCCGCAUCGGAUCUCGAGGCUUCUAG